GGCGGCGCGGCAGGCCAGGCGGCAGUCGCGCUCGAGCCGCCGGCCGCACUGGUGAUGGAGCCGCGAUGAUGGCCAGUGGCGAGCUGCUGCUGGGCCUCCAGCCGUUGCUGCGGCUGCAGCCGCCGGACGCCAACAACAACGACAGCACCGAGCAGCCGCAAAAGCAGCCCGAGAAGUACUCGCUGCGGCCGCGCUCGUUGCAAAUCCGAUUGGAAACCGAACUGCGGCGCCGAGGGGCGCCGAACGCACCACCGUCCACCCUCACAAGGGCCGCGUCACCCGUCGCAGCCCCGCGGAGUCGCGGAGCCCCCGGGGGCUCCAAACACAAGCCGCCACCCUUGAGCAAGUACCGCCGCAAAACUGCCAACGCCAGGGAGCGCAGCCGAAUGCGCGAAAUCAACUGCGCGUUCGAAACGCUGCGUCAGGCGGUGCCGCCGUUGCCGUGUGUCGGCGCCCCUGUAGCGGCGCCGCGCGGCUGCGAGAAACUCACCAAGAUCACCACCCUGCGUCUCGCGAUGAACUACAUCGCCGCCCUUACGCAGAUCCUGAGCGAAGCCCCCCAGCAGCAAGCGCCCCCGCCGCCCCCGCUCAUGGACACGGCGCCGUCAACGCUUGACCUGCUCGCUGACGCCGACCCCAUGUUCGACGACAUCAUGGUUGCCGACGCGGCGUUCGACAUGCUGCUCGAGUCGGACGGCGAGUCCCUGCACUUCCACUCGGACCUCAGCGAGCAAUCCACCCCGUGACAGUAGUGCCAGACCCACCCCGCGCGCAGUGUGUGAAAAACAGAGUUGGUUGUGCCCCCGGACGGAAGGUAGCCCUCAAUCGUGAGUUCCUGCUUUUUUCUUUCUUUUGGCUUGAUUUAGAAAUACUCGAUUCCUUUUGUCAAAGUUUUUAUUCAGUUUGCUUAAUCUCCGGCCGAGAUGACAAGAUUCUCGGACCUUGCUCGGGAAAGAAAGUUUUAAUUAGAAAACGGCAGGUCGUCUAAUCUGCUCAGACUAACGAAAUUAAUAAUCCCCGACGUAAAGUUCCUGAAAACUGUCUCUGAUAAUGAGCGUCAACUUUUUAUUUUGCAUCGCCAGUUUUAAUAUAUUAAAAAAUAACAUAUGUUUUUUUACUCUCCUCCUUUAAUCAAAGAGCAUCUCGCUCAAUUUCUCUUCUCAGGAAUUUGUAAAUCUAGCGUUAAAAACUAGAAGAUUUAUUUUACGGAAAAAUUCCCUGUUAACUUAAAAGCAUGUGUAUCAUUUGACAAGGAAUCGAAUUUCCAAAGCAAGCCGCAGAGGAAAAUGUGCAGGGUCUCGCCGUGCGGGCGCCGAGCGAUGUCGCCCAGCAGGAAUGGAAACCGGACAAGGGGGACCUCUCGCGUGAGUCCCCAGUGAUUGGAAUUGUGAAUUGCCGCACGCUCGGCCUCCUCUGUGUUUUAGCAUUCGGGGUCGAACGAGAACAAUUUAUUUGAAAAAAAUGAAAGAAGGACAACAGAAGUGCGCGGGGGGCUUUUUGAGCAAAAAAGACACUUUUCCUGAUGACUUGUAAAUAUAUCAGAGCAGGUUGUUCUUUUAGUUUCACAUAUCACCGAUGUUGGUUGUACAGAAAAAUUCGGACCGAGGAAGUUUUGCGAGAGACAAUUUUCUUCACCUUUCAAGAGUAUGUACGUUUUUGAGAGCAUAAUUUUUUUUCUGAAAAAACCUUUUUUUUCACUCGUGUGCAAUACGUGCCAUGAUGUUGAAAUAGCAAAUAAAGACACGGCUUCAUUUCAACAAUUAAA